AUGCUCCCCCGCGCACGAACAGUUGGGAAAGACGCAGGGCAGGGGGUCUGCACCUUGGUAAAGAAGAAUCUAACUUUAAUAGAUCACGAGCUGCUACCCAACGGCACCAUCGAGCGCAGCACGGUCGAAAUCGUCAUCGGGAAGCGCAAGCGCCGUGAAAGCACUUUUAUAAUCAACGUGUACAGCAAUCCGAAGCACCUCGAGCAAAAAUUCCGCACCCUUGUGCACAAAGCGCAACUCGUGGGCUCCAACGUAACCCUACUGUGUCGAGACUUCAACGCUCAACAUACGGCAUGGGGGUAUCCAUACACGACGGCGAAGGGCCACAGUCUCUACGACGAAACAAUGGAUGCAGGUUACCAAUUGCUAAACGACCCUAACGCACCUACGAGAAGCGGAACGUCGUCGCAGCGAGACACAAACCCGGACCUCGCUUUCAUGAACACGGCCUCGGCACUGCGUGGAGUCACGUGGCGGAACACCGGGGAGACGUUGGGAAGUGACCACUGCAUACUCGAAAUUUCAAUACCCAUCGCAGAGAGCCCGCAAAGAGCACAGCAACAGCGAAUCGUCGACUGGCACGAGUACAGAAAGAAAUUAGAAGACAACGUUACGGAAACCAUUGAAAACAUAGCAGCAUGGACCAACAUGUUGAACGCCAUGACCAAAGACGCCACUCAGACGGUAGAAGCGGAGCCGGAGGCUACGAUGCUGGACAGCAGACUAUCGCACCUCAUGGAAGCCCGUAACUUGCUGAGACGGCGCUGGAAACGUCAAUGCCACAACAGAAAACUACGCAAACGUAUAGCACAACUCAACAGAGAUAUCAAGCAUCACAGCGCAGUCCUCUGCAGACAGCAGUGGCACGCGGCGUGUCAAGAAGCCGACGGUCAACUACACAAAGGCAAGACGUGGCGCCUGCUACGCCACUUGCUCAAUGAUCAGACAACCAAGGGAGCUCAACAUUAG